AUGGAACAGUGCCAAACAUUGUAUGAAAUGGGCAAAGAACAGUUGAGCAAUAUGAAUAUGAAAGAACGCACACAAAAUACCACAAGUACUACAAAAGGCCAUGAUACCACGAGACAAAAGACCUUGACUUUGAAUCCAAAUGUCAAACCCCACAAGAGUUUGAGGCAAAAGAAACAAAACCAACCUGUGAGGGAAGAGGAAUAUGGUGAAAGAUCAGAACUUUGUGAGGUCUUGAAAGGGUGUGAACAUGGUCUCAGUGCAGGAGUUGGAAGGUUUGAAUGGGUGAAGUUUGAUUGA